GCCCGAUGCCCCAGGGCGGUGCUAGGGGCUGCAGGGAGCGAGGUGGGGGGAAGCCAGGGGCUCUCUCCGGGCAGUCAGGGCUGGCCCGAUGCCCCAGGGCGGUGCAGGGGGCUCUGUAAGGGAGCAGUGACACCCCAGGCUGGAGGAGAUGGAGGGGGCGUCACACACACUUAGGUUGUGGCUAGUAAAGGGCGCGCCGUAUAGCUGCUGUUUGUGGGCAGGGGAGAAGGUGGCAGAAAACACCCCCCACGAGCGGCAGCGGCUUUGUCGGUAUGAGGGCUGUUCACACUGGCGCUUUUCAUCGAUAAAACGUGAGCUUCAGGCGUGUUCUCCUGACCUUGCUGCCGGGGACCCCCCUCCUGCGCUCCCCCGCUCCCCGGCUCACUGCCAGGCUUGGCUCGGGGGUGGCAGCUGUGGGCGCAGAGCCGAGCAAGCAGAGAAGCUGAUGGUGUGAGGGGCGUGUGGGCUGCGGAGGCACUGAAAGCACGUGGGGAACCUGGGCCACUCAUCUUGCAGCCCUGACGCCUGCCAGAGCCCAGAUCCCUCUUCCCCUGCCAGGAUGCUGCUCGCUCUGCUGCUCCUCCCCUGGGCAUGGGGGGCCCUGGCCGCCUCCCCUCAUCUCCCCCCAGCAUCUGUCACCCUCCGGCUGCUCCAAACCACCGUCUUCCACAACGCCAGCUCCACAGACACGGUGGGGACGGCCCUGCUGGGCGACCUGGAGACCCACUCCCUGGCCUGCGGCACCUGCAAGAUCCGCUUCCUGCAGCCCUGGGCCCAGCAGGGCCUGACCCCGAAGCAGUGGGGGGACCUGGAGCUGCUGAUCCAUCACUACCUAUUCAACUUCAACCGGACUGUGAAGAGAAUGGCCCAGCAGCAGCGAAUGGGCUACCCCUUUGUUACCCAGGGCUCCAUUGGCUGCGAGCUGCACCCCAACAGCACCUCGAGGGGAUUCUAUGAUGCUGGACUGAACGGCGAGGACUUCAUCAGCUUCGACGCAGAUGCAGGGAAAUGGGUCGCUCAGCAGGCAGACAAGCUGGCGCUCUACGUCCAGGAUCUUCUGAACCAGGAUAAGGGCACAGCCAGCACGCUUCAGUUUCUCCUGAGAACAACGUGUGUCAAUGAGCUCAAUACCUUUGCCCAGUACGGGAGAGAGUCUCUGGAGAGGCAAGAGAAGCCGGUCGCCGUGGUGUUUGCCCGAGCGCCUCCCCCAGCCGGGACCCCCGCGCCGGUACUGCUGGUUUGCCGGGUCACCGGUUUCUACCCCCGGCCAGUCCGCGUGGCCUGGCUGCAGGACGGGGAGGAGGUGGCGCCAGGCGGGCGGCUGAACUCCAGUGGGAUCCUGCCCAAUGCGGACCUGACUUACCAGCUGCACAGCUCCCUGGCCGUGGAGCCGGGCACCGGGCACAGCUACGCCUGCCGGGUGCAGCACAGCAGCCUGGGGGGCCAGAGCCUGCUGAUCCCCUGGGAGCAGAGCAGGCCCUGGAGCCCCAGCUGGGUCGUGGGCAUCACCCUGGGGGUUCUGGUCGCAGCCGCCGUGCCGUGCGCGCGGCCGUGGUGCUGUGGCGGAGCAGACGCAGGGGCUACCAGGACGUUAGACCAGGGGAGCCCAGUGCCUGAGGGGGCAGCACCGGCCCGGGCGUGGGAGUCGGCCCCUCUCCUGGGGACUUAGACCUGUGCCCUGCUGCAAGCGAUUUGUCCUGAACCAGCACUCUCUGUUGAGUCCCACCAGAACCGCAUCGUUACUGCAGCUGAGUCAGCGGGAUCCGCAGAGCCAGGUCAGUGACGCUCUGGAUCAGAACCCCACGCUACCCACAUUGGUACUGUUGGUCAAAGAUCAGUGGCCAUGAGCCAGAAAGCACCAGCGGACGCAAUGGAACUGCAGGCCCUGAGAGACGGCCUGCAACAUCAACAAAAAGUGGCAGAAACUCGAUUGAGAGAGAAGCAAGCCCUGGCCAAGCUGAAACAGAAGCUGCUGAAAGAGGAACGGGCUCGUAGGGAGCGUUUGGCUGCUGAGGAGGUUGGCCAGAUGCGACAGAAACUGCCAGACACCAGCUCCACGUUAAAAGAGCAAGGGAAGAACAGCAGAAACUGAGAGUCCAGGUUCUAACAGUGGUGGUGUGUUUGUUACUCUGAGCAGUGUCUGUGCUGAACCAGUUUUGCUAUGGCCAGGGAGAGGGUGACUGCUUGUUGGUGCCCCCAGGGCCGUCCCUAAGAUUUACGGGGCCCUAUGCAGUAUUGUUAAACUGGUGCCCCUGUGCCUGACGGCAGCCUGGGCUUGCAGCCCGGCGGGACGGGGGCAGAGGGACAAGGCAGAAAGAAUAACAACGUGCCCGGCCCACCUCAUGGUGGCGGAGAGUCACAGUUCCCCACAGAGAUCCCUGUACCCUCUCUGUCACGCAGAACGGACGUGCAGAAGGUACCUAAUUGAAAGCACUACACUUGGGAAUAAAAAAUGUCAGUCACAGGUUUUUUGAUCUGCCCUGAAGUUUGUCAGACAUUUAUUUGCAAAACCUUUGUAGUAAGGGCGAGGCAGCCGUCCCGCUGAACACGGCAUUCAAUAUUCUGGAAUACAUGGUGCAGCUCUUCUCUGGGUUACAUUUUCUUCAUCAGUAUUUCUAAGCUGAUUUUAUAUUUAAAAUGUGCUCUUAUGCCUCAUAAAGUAACCAGUCCAGAUUGCUACAUGUGUAACUCACUGAAACAGACAGUAUUGAAAUUAAAGAGUCACAGCG